AUGGCUACAGCGAAAAUGUCGACAGUUCCAGCACUAGCCGAGUGCACAAGCGCUGCAUCAGAUUUCUCUACCGCGCCAGUACUGAUCACUGUUGGCGAAACGAAGCAGCACUUCUACGUUCACGAGCCUGUUUUGCGGGCCGCGUCUAGAUUCUUCGAAGCGGCUCUUGACAAGGAAUGGCUCGAGCGCCAGACUCGUGUGGUCAAUCUCCCUGAGAGUAACCCAGAAGCUUUCACAGUCUACGUCAACUGGCUGUAUUUCGGUAGACUGUUCGUCGACGACGAGCCUUCUGUGCCGCCGGAGAGCAAACAAAUGUUUGAGAUUUUGGUACGCGCAUACUUGCUUGGAGACCAGCUUCUAGACGUGGCUUUCAAGGACGCCGCUGUCGAUGCUUUUGGCCAAGAAACGCUCAAGCUCUAUGAGGGUAUCCGAUACCUCCCAGGUGCGAUUCCUCGCCAUUUGUUGUACGAGAAUUCGCUGCCGACCGCGCCACUCCGACGUCUAGUGGUCAGAAGACUCACGAUGUUUCAAAAUGCUUCUAACAUCAAAGAGGACGAACCGAGCGCUUUUCUUCACGAUGUUAUCCAGGCGCUGGUCCACAGAGACACGCCUACUGUCGAUGACUUCGUUCAGGAGCUGGCGGACUGCAAGUAUCAUGAGCACGAGGCAGGAGCAGAGAACUGCUACAGGAGCAAGCGGCGAUGA